UUUGUCUCGAUGAUCAAGCGCGAGAAAGCGCUAUACAAAUUUCAAGUAUACUGUGGGUGGCGAACCGCCCAAUUCCACUUCUGGAGAGCGUCGAACCCGCCAAGCGACUCGACCGGCGGUCCGCGUGCGCGAAGGAAGUACUUCCCCAUGUUCAAAGCAGGAUGGAUCGUGCUUGCAGGCGCUGCAUUCGCAUCCGCGCAAGUCACAAACGCCCCCGCGCUCAAAUGCUCCCUCAACGUGUCGACGGCACGAUUGUGCCUCGCCUGUCAGACCCUCGACCCGAUAUGUACCGCCCGCACAAACACGGUCACGAUCAACAUGGUCGCGUCGUCCGCGCCCAAGACGUGUGCGGACCCGUUGACGUGCACGUUUGAGAUGCCGCGGACAUUCAUGUCGAAACUCACUUGCGUCGACCCGGACAACCUAGUUACGACCAUGAUCUUUCGGCGUGCGUAUGCCACAGAAGGCUUGUACUGGAUCCUGAACAACUCGACGUUUGCCUCCAUGAACGGUCUCGUCAACUUGAGAUUUUACGGCGCCCGACCGGCAGGACUCGAAGGAAAGGACGACCCGAAUCUGGACUACUUCUCCAUCGAAGUGGAAGAAAACGCAUACCUGCCCAAGUCGUUGUCCGAGCUGACUCUUAGCAAUACGUACACGUCAAAACUAAACCUGUCCAAGGACUCGCGGUUGAUGACGCUGCAAGUGCAAGGAAGUGUCAUGACCCGAUUGCCGCCGACGGGUCUAUCAUCGCUAUCCACGCUGACCUACAAUAGCAUAGAAGUGUGGUCGUUCCCGACCGAAGUCCUCGACAUGGACAACCUUGCCACCAUCGAUCUCUCCAACAACGAAUUUUUCAGCCCCAACAUGACGUCGGCCGCGCAGUUCGACAAAUUCAACGAGUUUGUCAAUACCACCAAGCUGACGCUCAAGAGCUCGGUCUUUCAAGAUUGCCCGCCUGCGUACAUGAAUAAGUUUUGCCGCAAUUCCAAAGCGCCUGCGUUGACCCUCUCGGAUGCGUCGGGUCCGUCGUCCGGCGCGAUCACGACGCUCGUCAUCGUGAGCUGCAUCGCGUCUGUCCUCGUGCUCAUCGCGAUCGUCGUGCACCGCCGCAGCCGCCACCACCCGGACAUGUCGCCUGGCGUGCUCAACUCGAACUCGCCAGACGACGACUUUUACGGCGUCGACGAAGUGUACGCGACGACGCAAACCAUGUCCAAGUUCAAGACCGCCGGCGCGAACGACGCCACGUUGACCAAGAUCCCAGCGGAUCAGGUGCAGCUCGCCCGGUGCCUCGGCGGCGACAUUUGGAUGGGCGACAUGGAGAGUUUGAACGCGCGCAUUGUGCUGCGCCGUGCGCCGCGCUUUGCCGGCGACCACGUCACCGACAGCUUCUUCCAGGGCGUCAAGGAGAUGGCGCGGCUAAGCCACCCGAACCUCGUCACGUACAUGGGUGUGACGUGUUUGAGUGGCACGGACAUUUACGCUGUCGCCGAGUUUAUGGAGAAGGGCAGUCUCAUCUCGGUGUACCAAGCAGUGCCGCUGACGUGGGAGGUCCAGCUCGGGAUGGCGACCGACGUUGUCGAGGCGCUCCACUACCUCCACACGCUCAUGCCGAUCCCUGUCCCGGUCGAGCACCUGCGCAGUUCGAAUGUCCUUGUGUCGUCAACGUUCCAAUGCAAGCUCAACAUUUUCAACUUUAUGGCGUCGUACAAGUCGAGUACGAUGUGCAAAGAAAUGUAUGGGAACAACCAGCUCGCGUGGCGCGCGCCGGAAGUCAUCAAGAACGAGAUGCACAACUUUUUGGCCGCCGACAUGUACUCGUUGGGGGUCGUGCUGGCCGAAAUCGGAACCACGACGCGGCCAUUUGACCGAGAGAUUAGCGAGGUCGGCACGGUGCACACGGACGUGUGGAUUGUCGACAGCGUGAUGGCUGGCAAAGGUGUGCCGAUCCCGUACGACCCCAAGAGCCCCAAGUGGACGAGCCUGCCCGAAGAGUUCCAGAAGCUCGUCCAGGCGUGCUUGCAGUCCAACUCGACCAAACGCCCCAACUCUGGCAUGGUGCUGCAGCGACUGAAGGCACUCAAGAAGGACGGGAUCGAGUUGUAGUUGCUUGGAACUACGACAGGGCGACCGAUAGCAGUGUGUAUGUGCGUGUUCGAAGCAACAGAACGAAAUCGUAUUCAACUCACACCGUCUUGACGACUGCGGCAUUUCUCGCCGACGGCUGCUGGACAAUGCAUCCGCCAUCGAUGAUGAUGGAGGCGCUGGGGGGUUGCUCUUGGUCGUUGCAGGUGUGGUCUGCGCGGAAAAUGCAAGCCUGCAACGACGAGGAACUUGGACAGCAUGACGGCAAUCAGGACGACGAAGAACGAAGGUAUGCCAUGGCGAACGACGCCGGGACUCGGAUGCGCGUGCAUGGCUGGACAAGUGUGAGCCAAGCCAACAAGUGUUGCAACGGAGGCAAUGGCGGACGAGUGCUGCUGGCCGUCGACACGCGUUGGUCCAAGAGAAGCGAGAGGCAUGCCGCUGUCUCGCACGGAUGCAGGACGUAAAAAGGAAGGCCGAGGACGGGAUGUUCAUCUUGGGAAAUAAACUUGGCGCCGGGCGUCGACAUGUGCUGCUGAA